AUGUCUGAUUUAUUGGAGAUAGAGAGAUCUAUAUUCGAGGAAGUGAAUGUCAUAGAAGAUGCCAUUGCUCAGAGAUUUAAACGUAAUCCAACUUUGUUUCCCAAUGGAAAAUACGCAAAGCUUAAGAAAUCACAUAACGAAAGACUAAUCCAACAGCAUGAAUUAAAAGUGUUCAAAGAACGAUAUGUAAAAAGGUCUAAGUUACUAUUACAUCACAAGAUUCUACAAACUACUGAAAUAAAGAACGGGUUGAAUUCUAUCAAGGACUCUGACUUUCAAUUUAACAAGUUUGAUGAAUUGCUCAAUAAUAUCAAGACCAAAUAUUCCAAUGAGUUGCAAGUUCAAUCUGAAAGCAUCAAAGAUCAGUAUGCAAUGUAUUCAUCAGUAUCACUGGGUGACAAAACUGCUAAGAAAUCGAAUAUACUAAGUGCUGCGGCAUCUGGUUUGAAUAUUUCCAGUUUAUUUACAGAAGAAGAAGCAUAUGGAAAGUUUCUAGGAUUACAAUCUCAUUUUGAAGAGUAUAAAUCUUGCAUUGUAAAAGAUGACUUAUCAUACGUUGAGUACAUAAAUCUAAUAGAUACAUUUCCAUCACAACAGAUACGUAAUAUGGAUAAAUAUAAACAUUACUUGGUAAGUUUAUUGGAAUACUUAAAUACAUUCAUAGAAAAAACACACCCUUUAUCAGAUAUAACGUUAUUAGUUGCCCAUGAGUUAAAUCCAUCAAACAACAUAGAUGCUGAAGUUAACGAACUCUAUUGUGUAGCUUGUCAUAAAUUAUUUACUAAGGCUACUGUUUUUGAUGCACAUUUGAGUGGGAAGAAGCAUAUAAAGAAUGCUAAAAAUUCAGGUUCAGAUAUCUCAGACUUAGAGAGUAAGGUCAAGAGUUUGAUGACUUACUUGAGUAAGUGGAAAGAUGCAACAAUUGCAAAUGUCGAAAGACGCUUGACUAUGACUGAUAGAGAAAAAGAAUUAGAAAAGUCAAAUAUAGAUGAGUACGAGAAUAAGAGUGGCAGUAGUACGGACGAUGAAGAUGAAGAUGAAGAUGAUGAUGAUGGAGCAUUCAAAAAUCUUCCAUUAGAUGCAUACGGGAAACCCAUUCCAUUUUGGUUAUAUAAAUUACAAGGUUUACACAAGACUUAUAUCUGUGAAAUUUGUGGAAAUAUAACUUAUAAGGGUAAAUCUGUAUUCGUCAAACAUUUCUCAGCACCCAAACAUCAGUAUGGGCUUAAAUGUAUGGGAAUAGAAGAUGAGUACAUGAGUCUAUUCAAAAGUAUUAUAUCUAUAGAAGAAGCUCAGAAUUUAUGGAAAAAUAUAAGGAAGAACAAAAGGGAACAAGAAGGUGAUAUUGAAAAUGCAAUUGAAGUGGAAGAUGAUGAAGGAAAUGUUAUGUCUGAAAAGGAUUAUUUAGAUCUUAAAAAACAAGGGUUAUUAUAG